AUGUCGGUGGAUGAUUUGGUUGAUGUGAAGGUUGGUACGGUGGAAGUUAACCUAGUGACGAUUGUAAUCCUCGCACGAGCUAAUAUGUUGGUGAUUAUUAUUCUGUCCCGAGGAAAUUGUGGCCUCUCCAAAUGUAUUUCUUGCUACUUGGUUGCAAUGGCAGCAGCUGAUUUCCUGGUCGUUAUUGCUGAACCAAUAUUCUACAGGAUUGCUCAGAUGUAUUUCUAUGGUUCGUUCCUGUUCAUUACUCCGGUGUGUAGCUUUAUUUACAUCCUGGUUUUCACAUCAACAGAGAUUUCCGUCUGGCUCACAGUUGCUUUCACUUUCGAUCGGUUUAUGGCCAUAUGUUGUGAUAAAUUGAAAAUGAAGUAUUGUACAAAGAAAAUGGCAGCUGUUGUAAUAGGGACAGUGACUGUUUUGGGUUGUUUAGUAUCUGUCGCCUGGUAUUUCAGAUAUGAACCUCUGUACACGAUUGAUAAUAUUCCCUGGUAUUGCAUUACAAAGGCCAGCUUCAUCACUUCGACUGCAUGGGCGGGUUUUGUCAUCUUUUAUGUGAUUUUACUGGCUUUUGUGCCAUUCUUCCUACUGUUGAUCCUCAAUAUUCUGACUGUCAGACGUAUUUUAACAGCAAGUAAAGUCCGCAGGGCACUGCGUGGCCAGCUCAAUGGAGAGAAUGGCAAGGAUCCAGAAAUGGAGAUGCGAAGGAAAUCCAUCAUAUUACUCUUCAGCAUAUCUGGCAGCUUUAUAACGUUAUGCAUGACGCAGCUUGUGUUUUAUAUUUACCAACGAAUUACAAAGGCAUAUUUUUACUCUGUCACAGAUCCCCUUUAUUACCUGGAAUCCAUCGCCAAUAUGCUUCAGCUUCUCAGUACCUGCACCAACACAUGUAUUUAUGUCCUGACCCAGAAUAAAUUCAGAGAGCAGCUGAAGACUGCAGUUAAAUACCCUUUUGAUAUCAUCA